AUGGGUUUCUGUGGGCUGGGUCGCUCUGACAUACUGCGGAUCCUGCAGAUCGUCUUCUGUGCCCUGGCGCUACUCAUCCCCAUGUUCCGAGGGAAGAUGAUCAACCCGUACGGAGUGUGGUGUGAGUUCGUGUGGGUGUUUGGAAUGGUUGUUGCCGUGGUCAUACUGGUGCUGGAGAAGCUGCUACUGGUGGUGAUCCUGCAGGUGUGUCUCCAGCACAGCUGGGACGACCUCAAGUGCGGACUACUGAUGCUCUGCACCCUCAUGCUCCUCUCUGCCUCCAUCAUCUAUGCCGUGGUCUUCGUGUGCUCUCGCUGCUUUGGGGACAUCAUCUCUGCCAUUUUCUCAUUUUUGGCCCUGAUUGUGUACGCCGUGGAUGCCGUCAAGUCCAAGCUCAAAUGCCCCAAAGGAUACCUGUCGAACGGGCGGGGCAUUCUCCGCUUCAGCCAGUGCUGGGUGGCCUGUAUCAUCCUGGCGGCAGCCACCAGCGCUUUCCUGGGUGUUGAGCGGAUGGAUCACAUGCUGCCUCUGAUGUGGUGCAUGCUGGUCUACAGCGUCUGUUUGCUGGUCUCCGCGGUGAUUAUUUUGGCUCAUUUGCUGAAGCCACUGAAUGCAUUGUGCUGUUGUGCACUGGAUAAAUUGGAGGUCAUCAUUAACGUGGUUGCUGUGGUACUGUAUAGCUCCGCGGCCGUGCUAUGGAUUCUGUACGCGUACCGAUACUACAGAAGGAAUCGAUGGGGGGACAUAUGGCACAACCGCCGCUUAGACGACGUGAACGUAGUGUCUGUCCUGACCUUCGUCAACCUGGGUUUGUACACCGCUGAUCUGAUCUGGUCUCUCCUGGCUCUUUACAAACGGAUAUGA